CGUGGACCCGCGGAGAGCGCCCAGCGCCGAGGUGGGAGCGCCAGGAGCAGCAGCGCCCAUGUAAUGCCCAGGGGUGAGCUGUCCUGAGCCGCUGUGGUCCAGCCACCUGCCCGUCCACGCAGCCCCACACAGCCUGCCAGCACUGCCCACCAUGGAAUCCAGAGGGAAGUCAGCCAGCAGCCCCAAGCCCGACACCAAGGUGCCCCAGGCCGCUGCUGAGGCUAGAGCCCCCCCAGCUGCAGAUGGGAAAGCUCCCUCGGCUAAACCAGCAAAGAAGGAGGCCCAAGUGGAGAAGCAGGAGCCACCAGCGGCCCCCACCCCACCGCCUGCCAAGAAGACCCCAGCCAAGGCAGACCCUGCCCUUCUCAACAACCACAGCAACCUGAAGCCGGCCCCCGUGGCCCCCAGCAGCCCGGAUGUAACCUCUGAGCCCAAGGGCCCUGGGGAUGGGGCUGAGGAGGACGAGGCCCCCAGCCGAGGCCCCUGCCCCUUCGAGAACUUGACCCCUGUGCUGGUGGCCGGGGGGGUGGCUGUGGCAGCUGCAGCCCUGAUUCUCGGUGUGGCCUUCCUGACCCGGAAAAAAUGAUGGCUCGUGCCCAGUUGUGGGCACAGCCGCUUCCUGUACAGACCUUGGGAAUCUUGUGCAUGCCGAUUCCACACACAGCUAUCUAUACAUACGUACAUACAUAGUACAUCUACAUAUACCCCCACAUACACGCAGAGGGAGAGAGACGGACAGGGCCCCCGGCAGUGGAAACCAAGCCCCCUCGGCUGGCCCCCAGCACCUCCCCUCCCCCCCUCUGAGGCAGAAGGUUUACCCAGCAGCAUGGGGCGGAGCUCUGACAUCCUCUGGUGGAGGGCUCAGCCUGGGCCAGGGCACCCGGGGGGCAGCGGAAGGAGUGGACUCUGAGUGUGGCCCGCCCGCCCACGGCAGGUGUGUCCACAGUGGACAUGCUCACGUGUGCCAGCCUGUCCCGAGAGUUCCCAGUGGUCCUGUGAGCUUCCUGGCAGCAGCGUCCUGAUGACCCCCCAGGGCAGGAGCCCUCAGGGUGGGCAGGGGUCCGGGAUGGGCUCUGACCUGGGUCUCCCCCUGUGGGGACAUUAAAGGGUGUGGCUCUUUCACUCUCCCAUUUCUGCUCUUUGCUUGCAGCUGGGGGGGUCCGUCUGGGUGGGCCCGAUGCAGCGGGGCUGACCUGAGGCCGGCGGUCACAUCGACACAGCUUCCAUGCCACCUCCGCUCUUCGUCACCUGAGCCCAAAGGCUGGUCUCGGUCUCCGGAGGGCCCCCCUGCAGUUCUCCUUUUAGCUUGUGACCCAGGGGAGCCCCUGAGGCUGGGACCACUGCACUUCCUGCCCUGAGCCCCCUCCCAUCCUUCGGCAAUUGUCCUGGGGGCAGCU